AUGACGUCUUCCUCCGCUGCUGCCGCUGCUGCUGCUGUGCCAUACAAGGGCACGUCCUCGACUUUGGCGCCGGAGUGGGCGAGUGGGUCCCACCGGUUCAAGAUCGCGGCCUACUCCCUGACCAAGGGGAUCGGCGUCGGCCAGUUCUUCGAAUCCGCCGCGUUCGCCGUCGGCGGCCACGACUGGGUCGUCAGGUACUACCCCGACGGCGAAACCGAUGGCACCACCGACUACGUAUCUUUCUUCGUGAGGCUCGCCAGCCCGGCCGCAGGCGUCACGGCCAAGUUCAACCUCACAUUGGCGGCGCAGGAGCACGACACGGACGGCAGCGGCGGACCCGCGCCUCCGCCGAUCACAAUAUCAGCGCGCGAGAAGCCGUGCCAGUUCACGACGACCGCCAGAACCUGGGGCUACAAGAACUUCGUCAAAAGAACCGAUCUGGAGGCGUCGCAGUACCUGAAGGACGACUGCUUGGCGGUCGACUGCACCGUCACGGUGCUGAAGAAACUGCAUGUGAUAGCGCCCGACGGUCUUCCCGCCAUCGCAUCUCCGCCCUCCGACUUGCACCGUCACCUCGCCCGCCUCUUGGACAGCGGAGAGGGAACCGACGUCGCCUUCCAAGUCGGCGGGGAGACUUUCGCCGCCCACAGGUGCUUGCUCGCCGCGCGGUCGCCAGUCUUCAGAGCAGAGCUCUUCGGCCCCAUGAUGGAAAAGAGCGUGCAGUUCAUAAGAAUAGAGGAUAUGGAACCCGUGGCAUUCAAUGCUAUGCUUCAUUUCGUCUACUCGGAUUCGCUGCCUCAGUUCGAAGAUCCGGGGACUUCGACUUUGAUGCUUCAGCAUUUACUCGCCGCUGCGGAUCGGUAUGGAAUGGAGAGGCUGAGGUUAGUGUGCGAAGAGAAGUUGUGCCGGGACCUCAGCGUAAACAUGGUGGCGACAACGCUGGCCUUGGCCGAGCAGCACCGCUGCGCCCAACUCAAAGCAGCCUGUCUCGAAUUUGUGGCCUCUCCCGGCGUACUGACUGCCGUUAUGCAGACGGACGGGUUCGAGCACUUGAGGAUAAGUUGCCCGUCGAUUCUGACGGAGCUCUUAGAGAUGCUAGCUGAGCAAAUAAGUAAAGCGCCAAAAUAA